AUUAUGUGAUGACGAUUGUGGGAUAUUCACGCAGGGCCGCAUAACAUUCUCAUGUAAAGCGAAAACAUGAAUUAUAUAAAUAGAAUCACUCAUCUGCGUAGGGAUGCGGCCCUAUGUAGAAGGAGUUAUUUUUAAAAGCCAUAUCAUCACUUGUUACAGUUCUGCUUUCAGUUCUACUAGGUUUCAGUUGCGGCAAACAGUGCGACGGUUUCAUAUAAUAAAAUAACUGUAUCAUAUAGUGAAACAAAAAAUCAAGUGUUCUGAACCAGAUUACCGCCUCUCUUCAGGCAGAAGCGGACGAAAAGAGCCCUGGCAGAGACAUUAUAUCUCGAUGGUAUCUUAAUUGUGGAAAUCAUGCAAGUAAGGAAUCUUAUAAAAAUUCAGAUACGCCACCCAAAUGGGCUCUCACACAAGUGUACAAACUUAAAAAGCGUGGCGGCUCCAUUCAUAAUUAAUUAAUAAUACAUUCAUCACUAAGGAUCUUUCUCUCGAUCUUUUUCUCGUUUUCGAUGACAAAUGAUAAUCUCGAAAUCGGUUAACUAAAACCAUAAAUCGGGAACACAAAGGUCCAUGAGGAUGUUCAGUUCAUUGAGACUAACGACGAUGCGCUCGCAUAAGAGUCGACCUAGACCGGGAAGUGUCGCUACAUCCACAAGUUCAGAUUCAACGAGAACAGAAGAAACGCUCACGCAAAUACAGUACCACCCUCAUAAUUUUUUAUUGCUGAAUGAUCAAGAGAACAUUAGUGCGUUAUCAUCGCUUCCCAAUGUCUCAUCGAAGGUCGCACAAGUAAGAGUAGAGCGUGAGGAUGGCAGUCUCGGUAUAACUCUCCGUGGAGGAAUGUCAAAGGCUUUAAUAGUAACGGGAGUGAAAGCCGAUGGUCCAGCCGCCAAAGAAGGUAGAAUCAGACCCGGUGAUCGGUUAUUGGCAGUGGAUGAUACUGAGUUACGGGGACUUAACUUAGCAGAAGCACAGCAUGCGCUCAAAAAAAAUUCCGAUGCACCGAUUGCAUCUUUGACGAUAGAAUACGAUGUCGCAAAUCUGGAGGAAGCACGAUUCGCCACUUCAGGACCCUUACUCGUUCAAUUGGAACGUGGUCUCUCAGGAGAGCUUGGUUUAACAGUAAAAGAAACAUUAAAUGGAGUUUAUAUCGACAGUCUUCGUCCGGCGAGCACAGCAGAUCGCUGUGGUGCUCUCCAAGCAGGAGAUCGGCUAUUAGCAGUGGAUGACAUAUCUGUUCAGGACGUGAUAACUGCUGCUAAAUUGCUUAGAUACAAUUCCGAAAGUUGUCGCAUCGCCAAAUUGCAAAUACUACCGCGACUUCCAAGCGCGAAAACAGCUAAGAGAAAAGCACAGUUACAAACUCAGAAUUCAAACCAGACUUUUCAAAUGAAAGAAAGUUUGACAGUUGUUCUGCGGCCGGAUCAUCGUGGUUUUGGGCUUGCACUUAAAUUGAAUGAUGAUCACAUGAAUUAUAUAGUGAGUUUGGUGGAAGCAGGUAGUCCUGCCGAACGAAGUGGCAUACUUUUACCUGGCGAUAAGAUUACCGCAAUCAAUCGGAAAGCAUUAUGUGAUUUACAACCGUCAGAAGUAAUCAAUAUAUUGGAAACGUCACAAAUGAUCGAAUUAGUGAUAGAAUACAAAGUUGGUGGAUCAGUAAUGCCAAGUUCCGGAAUCUUCACGGUGAGAGUAACUAGGCCGUUAGGCGGUCAACCUGAUUUGGGUCUCACAGUAAACGAGGAUCUAAUAAUCACAGAGGUCCGCCGAGGAUCACUUGCUUAUCGAACAGGUAGUUUAGCACCUGGAGACAAACUACUUGCAAUAGAUGGGCAAAACCUAGAUCCUGGGGAUUUGCGACAAGCUGCUCAAUUAUUGCAUCGACCUGGUGGCUCAAUAGUUGCUUUAACCAUUAGAAAACCGGAUCCUAAUACGGAAAUAAGACAGUAAUACAUGAUUUAUGUAUCAAGAAAUGCAGUCGCGAUUCGUCGCCAAGUGUACGCGCUAGCGCUUUUCGAGUGCAAGACCGACAGUGUCCUUUUAUGCGAGCCAGUGAGUUGCUAAUAUCCGUGAUUAUCGGAACUCAAUAACAGGUGAACCGAUCAAAUUUUAGAUAGGCGCAAUCGAUUACUUAGAUUUAAAUUUAAAUUAUAUAAUAAAAGUGAUCUUAUUUUUUGUCUAUGUAUCCUAUAAACAGAGAUAUUGCAAUCCAAAAUUCAAAUCGGGAAAUUUAUAUUCAAGAAACAUCAUUAUUAUUAUUGUCAUCUUCGCUGUCUGUAUGGAUUACAGUUUCAAUUUUUACUGCUACGAAGUGGCGGCGCUAGC